UUUUAAUGAAAACAUUAGGGAAUUCCGUGCUAUUGGCCAUUUCGAUCGGUGACUUCGGCCGUGCCAUCCGUCACCUGCUGCUUCGAGAUGGAUCCUGUAACCGUUUCCAUAGAAUCGCUUCAGGAAUUUCAAGUGCAAGAAGUGUCUCUAGAUGGACAAGAGACGUACACUAAGCCUCUGUCCAUGUCAGAGAAUCUGGCCAAGCUUGCCCACAAGAUUGACUUCACCAAGCCGGAGGGUGAGGAGGUGGAGAGCACCCUUGCUGAUGAGGAGAAAGACGCCAAGAAAGCCGAGAUCAAGGAGGAAUCCGCUACGGUGCAAGCUGUUCAGUGGCCCUGGGAGUCAGUCCACAGUAAACUUAGGUUAGCCCUGACUGAAAUCAGUGUCUUGUCAGACAUCUUGCACAUCAGCCGAUGGGCCAAGGAUCCUCGGUAUAUGGUGCUGGAUCCAGUCUCUCAAGAGCAAACCCAGUCCAAGCAAAUCAUUCAACUCCUUGACAAGAAGAAGAGCCUGGCAGCUGCAGCGUCUGUCCUCCAGAAUGGGGCAAAGCGUAUGAUGCGACAGCCCCCGGCUGGCACCACCAGCAGCCCACAGAAGCCCCAGCACCCGAACGACUUCCAUGCCGACCUGCUGAGGUUGAGACAGCAUUGGCGCCUUAAGAAGGUCGGCGCCAAUAUUCUGGGCGAUCUCAGCUUCCGGACAGCUGGAUCACGCUUUUGGCACAGUGGAACCUUUGAGGUGACCAAGACGACCGACAUGGACUCCGAAGCGGCCGAAAAGAAGAAUCAGACUCCACUGAAAGUAACCAUCCCGUCAGAUAUAGAAGGCACCAGUCACAUCCAAGUACUCAUACAAGAAGGGGAAGCUGAUAUUGCCACAGCCUUCUUGCCACAACCCAGUAGGAGCCGUGUCUCACCUGAUGCUCACUGGCAGGAGAGGCUAGAGGCAGCACAGACUGUGCUGUUCUGCAAGGAGGUCUUUGCUCAGAUUGCACGAGAGGCAGUACAGCUGAAAUCACCGGUGCCCCACAUUGUGGUUGGCAAUCAGAUCUUCUGCACUCUGUUCCCUGGUGUCCAACUUUGCCUGACAUUGUGUCACAACACCAGCACUGAUUCACAGUUGUCGCAUGGUUUUUGUUAUGAGCCUUCUUUGACUGAGCCAGUGAAGCAACCCAAUCACAGCCACGCCCUGGAGCACUCCCUCCAUCAGCUGCUCAGGGAGCUCCACCGGAGCAACAUGGGUGGGGCCACACCCCGCCCCAUCACCUCAGCGCUGACGGUCAGCAAGAAACGGCGACUGGCCGGCCCCCAGGCCAUCAGCAGGAAGGAACUGACUGACAGCCAACAAGGGGAGUGUUUGUUAGAGAAAGUCUUAAAGCAAGCCAAGCACAUCGUUUUGAGGAAGAGAGUGGCGGACGUGAUUACCCAGCUGUCAUGUGACCUGCAGGACCCCAUCAUCCUGGUGCACUGGAGCGCACACUCUCAACCGCUGGUAUGCACAGCCAAGGUCCACAUCUCCACCAGUGGCUACGAACAGAUAGCGACGACGUUGCUGCAACUCACCGUGGAAGUGGACCAGAUCAGAGUGCUGUGCAAAGACGGUCGGGUCAUCCAUGCGAAUCACGAGGAGCAACAGCUGAAGGACUUGAUCCAGUGUCAGAUAUCCCAGCACCAGAUUUCCAGCAUGUUGUCCCUGUCAAAAUCGAUGAGCAUGCACAUCCUUCAUUAUAACUUCCAACUUGGCGUUGGGUCUGCCUCCAAGCUCGGAAACGCUUCAUCCGUCCUUGUCUCUACGCACCAUGGCCAGAGGAUGGUGGCUGUGCGGAGCGACCCGCUAAACGGCAUCACGGUAUUGGUGAAGGGGUGCAAAAACCCACAUGACACUGAGCACAAAAGCAACGUGGUAACAGAUCCCAAGUGGGAGACCAUUAUGACGGACUACCGGGAGGUGGACCUGGAGCGGAUCCCCGGCAGGAGUUUUGUCAACAAGAUGGAGCUGUUGAUGGCAGUGCUGGCCUCCUGACAGCGAUGCUCCAAUUUGGUGUCUCCACGUGUUCAGGGAGGGAGGAUGGAUUCUUAUUCCAUCUAAGAGACAUACUUCUGUUGCUGGUAUUAACUCUGCCUGGCCCUUUGAGGGCAAAUCCUCAGUAGAAGCUGCUGAGCUUUCCUUGUGGGUCUCAGUCAGUUCAGGCCACAAGUUGUGCCCCUAAUGCAAGAAACUAUUGGCAACUGGUUCAACACUGGCCGAUACUUCUAAUGUAUGGCAUCACACCUUCUGGCUGUCCGGUUUGGUCAGGCGUGCUUUUGAGCCAUGCCUUGCCGGGAUGCGGGAUAUUUUUUGAAUAUGACUGACUUCGUGGUUCUCUGCUGAACAGAACAAUAUUGCUGAGCCAGUGAUUUUGUUCCUGGCGAAUACCCGCCAAGAACCAGUUACAGGCAGCCAACAGUGCACGGCAUUUGGGCUGGUAAACCUUUUACCUUUUUCAGCAUUAAUUUCAUAUAGGAAGAAAGGAUAUAGGUUCACAAUUUGGAGCCUUUAAAUUAAAUUAACUUUGACUGACCGACCCUCCAGAUUUUUUUUCAUUUGAAGGCAACUCUUAAUGAUUUACUGCCCCAAUACGGGUGUGACGUUUUAGUUGUAAGCACCCAGGGUGACGCGAGGUGCCCUGUAUCGCUUAGAGUGUUAAAACAUCAUAUCCCACAUCUCAGCAGUCGAUAUUUGAUUUAUUAUACAUUUGUCUAGUUCCAAAUCACUUUCGAAGUCACAAUUAUGUAUUAUUUGUAGAGAACCUAUCUGCAAAUAAACUUAAUGUGGAGAUCCAGAACCUGAAA